AUGGCUUCUCAAGAUCUAGCUACAAGCAUGGAGGGUUUUGUCAUUGGGAUCAUUGGCAUGGGCGACAUGGGGAAGAUGUAUGCCAAGAGGCUCAGCGCUGCUGGAUGGAGCGUGAACGCCUGCGAUAGAGAAGAGAAAUACGAGGGUCUGUGUGAAGAGUUUGCAGAUAGAAAGCAAAUUAAGAUCUUUCCCAAUGGACAUCUUGUGUCCCGAGCAAGCGAUUAUAUCAUAUACAACGUCGAAGCAGCAUCGAUUGGCAAAGUCGUUGCAGAGUAUGGUCCAUCUACCAAGCAGAAUGCUAUUGUCGGUGGCCAGACUUCUUGUAAAGCUCCAGAGAUUGAAGCUUUCGAGAAGUAUCUCCCAGAAGAUGUAGACAUUGUCUGCUGUCACUCCCUCCAUGGCCCACACGUUGAUCCCCGAGGUCAACCCCUCGUAAUCAUCAAGCACCGGGCCUCCCAAGAAAGCUUCAACAAAGUAGAGCACGUCCUCUCCUGCCUAAACUCCAAACAUGUCCACCUCUCUGCCGCCCAACACGACCGCAUCACAGCAGACACCCAAGCCGUGACCCAUGCCGCAUUCCUCUCCAUGGGCAAAGCCUGGCACGCAAACGCCCAGUUCCCCUGGGAAAUCGCCCGCUACGUCGGCGGCAUCGAAAACGUCAAGAUCAACCUAACACUACGCAUCUACUCGCAGAAAUGGCACGUCUAUGCCGGCCUCGCCAUCCUGAACCCCUACGCCAAAGAGCAGAUCCGACAGUACGCCCAGAGCGUGACGGAGCUGUACAAACUGAUGCUAGGGGGUCAUAAAGAGGAGUUCGCGCAGCGCAUUAGGAACGCUGGCGCUGCUGUAUUCGGGUCCCGCUCAUGGGACGGCGAACUGCUCCUCCAAGACGAAGUACUAGACCGGUUCUCUCUCGGCAAGAAACCCGAAACUCCCCUCCCGAACAACCAUCUCUCCCUGCUCGCAAUGGUCGACUGCUGGUCUCAGCUCGGCAUUGUGCCCUACGACCACAUGAUAUGCUCCACGCCGCUCUUCCGCCUCUGGAUCGGCGUUACCGAGUAUCUGUUUAGGAAGCCCGCGUUACUGGAGGAUGUGAUUCGGAUUGCGAUUGAGGAUGAUACGUUCCGGAGCGAUGAUCUGGAGUUUACAUUUGCGGCGAGGGGCUGGAGUGAUUGUGUUACUUUUGGAGAUUUUGAGAGUUGGAAGGAUCGAUUUGUUAGUACGCAGAAGUUUUUCGAACCUAGGUUUGCGGAUGCGACGAAGGUGGGGAAUGAGAUGAUGAAGACGAUUCUGGAGAAUACUAGAAAGUAA